CUUUUCGCUGGCUCCCCGCAUUCUUUGUUUGCUUAAAGCUUGCGUGUGGGGUUUGAGAACCGGCGAUAACUGCUCAGAAAAAAAGCAGUAAAUUGAAUCACAUUACCACUUUCGCACCCUGAUACGGUCCCCUCUCACAUACCGCCAUGGCGAGUGAUCAGAGCAAAAAGCCAGCCGUGCUGAUUGUUGGAGGACUCGGAUUUAUCGGUCGUCAUCUGGCACUUUACAUACAUGAAAAUAACCUGGCCUCGGAAGUGAGACUUGUCGACAAAGUCCUUCCUCAACUGGCUUGGUUAGCCCCUGAAUUCCAGGAGGCUUGCUCCAAAGAUAAGUUCGUUCAAGCGGACGCUAGCCGGGAACAGCAUUUCCCGCGUGUUUUCGAUCGGGCCAACGGCGAACAAUUCGACUACGUAAUCAACUGUGGAGGCGAGACAAGGCACUCACAACCUGACGAUGUAUAUGAGCUUCGCAAUUACAACCUCACUGUUGCCUUGGCUCGUGAGGUGGCCCGUCGAGGAAUCCGUUCUUAUGUCGAAUGCUCCACCGCCCACGUUUACAAAUCCGGAUCAUCACCACGGAAGGAGAACGACAAGCUCCAGCCAUGGCAUAAGCUGGCAAAGUGGAAGAUGAAGGCUAGUGACGAAAUUAGCAAAAUCCCUGGCCUCAACUACUGCUUGCUGCGCCUACCACAUGUUUACGGAGAAUAUUGCUCGGGCUUUUUCGCUAUGGGAGUGUGCCUCGCGCGAGUACAUCUUGAAAUGGAGAAAGAUCUAGAGCUUCUUUACACCGGAGACAUCAAGAUGAACACCCUUUACGUUAAAGAUGCAGCCAGCGCCCUGUGGAAGUCUGCCGAGUGGAGGGCAACCGCUCCGACGGAUGGCUCAGCUCCCAUUGCCUUCAACGUGGUCGACCACGGUAAUACUCGUCAGCAGGAUAUUGCCGAUGCGCUCUCUACCAUAUUUGGUCUCAAAUGCUCAUUCCUAGGAUCUCUGGCCUCGCAGCUUGCCAAACUCAACCUCGACGAUGUGAUAGACGACAUGAACGAGGAAUGUCUGCAGGUCUGGGCUGAAUUGAUGGAACAGAAAAAGAUUGAGCGGCCAGGUCCGAUCAGCCCGUUCCUAGAGAGGGACGUAUUCAAGGACCAAGAUAUGUGGCUUGAUGGCACGCUUUUUGAGAAGACAACCGGCUGGAAACCCACCCGGGAACGCUUCAAUGCAGACGGCGUACGGGAUAUGGUGGAGAGCUACAAACGGAUGGGCUGGUGGCCAUAGGGCCUCUCGUACACCGUGAAGUCCUGACCACCCAUUUUUUCAACCCCUCGCUUUGAUCAAACUUGGCCCAAAGUCACAAAAGUAUGAUGGCAUUCAAUAAUGACGACCCAUUCACGACCGCUGCCGUACCUUCGCCUGCAUUGACGACGGAUAUCUGCAUUGGCAAAAACCUCUAUCUGAAAUUUCGAGCGCAUAGACCACCUCUCGCCCUUGUUAAUCACCCACCUUGAGCCGCCAAAUGUUGUCCUGUACUAUGUAUGGUCACCGCUCUACUUGUAAUCUAUAAUAUCCU